AUGUCAGAAUCUAAAGAUAUAUAUCCUUGCAGGGUACAUAACUGGAAUUUUGAAGAAGUUCACCCCUUUCGCUCUGAUCUAUCACGUUUUGAUUCAUUCAAUGGAAAUCCAUAUGGGGUCCUCCUUCAAGACGAUGAAUGUACAGAGGCCUGUAAGGAGAACAUCUACAAAUACUGUAAUCAAACGAAGAUGUACAUGGACAUGAUAAUCGCCAUCACCGAGAAUGAACGAAUCGGUAUCCAAAAUAUAUACCCCACUAUGGAUUGUUUCAAAAUUUAUUACAGGGGUGCAAUGUCUCCAAUUGGCAUAGAAGAACUUCAACGCUUCAUGUCCAAACCGUGGCCAAGAUUCAACUUCAACAACGAACCAAUAUGGGACGAGGUCAACCAAGAAGGAAAGGUCAUCAAACCCAUCAUCCCAGGAUACGACGACGAGGACUAUGACCCGGUUGUGAGAGAUUCUAAACAACAAUACACAUUCCAUCAACAA